AUGCCUUCCUCUCACCACGCCAACGUCCAGGAGCCUCUGGGGGAAAACAUCCUGGCCAAUCGUGCCGCACCUGGAAUCCCCUACUUCACUCCUCUCCAGGACCCGCCGGCGGGCACGGCCGCAGACCCUCAAUCCAAUGGCACUCACCCGCCUAAGCUUUUUCAGCCGUUGACCUUGCGAGGCUUGACCAUUCCGAACCGCAUUUGGCUCUCCCCGCUAUGCCAGUACUCUGGUGAAGACGGCCACAUGACCGACUGGCACUUGGCUCACCUCGGCGGCAUUGCCAAACGCGGUGUUGGUCUCACUAUCAUUGAAGCCACUGGGGUCUUGCCCGAAGGCCGAAUUACCCCGCAAUGUUUGGGUCUCUGGAAAGAUUCCCAAAUUGAGCCCCUCAAGCGCGUCGUGACGUUUAUCCACAGCCAGGGCCAGAAGGUCGGCAUCCAGCUUGGUCACUCUGGCCGUAAAGGCAGCGCUGUCGCGCCCUGGCUCAGCAGCGGUGCCGUGGCCACCACGGAGCUUCAGGGCUGGCCUGACAAUGUCAAAGCCCCCAGCGCAAUCCCGUUCAACGAGCACCAUGCGCAGCCCAAGGAAAUGACCAAGGCGGACAUUGAAGAGGUCAAAUCCGCCUUUGUCGCAGCCGCUAAGCGUGCCAUUGCUGCUGGCGUUGACGCCAUUGAAAUCCACAAUGCACACGGCUAUCUCCUCCACUCGUUCCUCUCGCCUGUAUCCAACAAGCGGACCGACGAAUACGGUGGCUCCUUUGAGAACCGCACCCGGUUGACGCUCGAAAUUGUCGAUGCCCUCCGCGCAACCAUUCCCAAGGAAAUGCCUCUUCUCCUGCGUGUCAGCGCCACGGAUUGGCUCGAACACGAAUCCUAUGAGAGCUGGCGUGUCGAAGACACCGUCAAGCUCGCAGGACUGCUUGCUGAUCAUGGCGUCGACCUGCUAGAUGUUAGCUCUGGAGGUUUGCACGCGGAGCAACAAGUCACUUCUGGUCCUGCUUACCAGGCGGGCUUUUCAAAGACCAUCAAGAAGGCUGUUGGCGACAAACUCGCCGUCUCUGCGGUCGGAUCUAUUGAGUCUGGUGCUCGGGCAAACGAGCUACUCGACGAUGGUCUCGAUGUCAUUUUUGUUGGCAGAGGCUUCCAGAAGAACCCUGCCUUGGUGUGGUUCUGGGCCGAAGAACUCGGCGUGGAGAUUCAAAUCGCCAACCAGAUCCGCUGGGGCUUUGCCGGCCGCGGCGUCAAGAGCAUUAAACCGGCGUAUAAGAAUUAA